AUGGAAUGGAUCCACCGACGCAAUUUCCUUGAUAAUGCCAUACCGUAUUUGCUAAGCAAAAUAAUUUCCAAUACCGUCUCCCAAACGUUCCCUUAUAAAUAAACAUUCCCGUUUCCAAUUUCCCAAUUCCCAUUCAGUCAAAUUGCCGAAAUAUCAAACUCAAUCGCUCACUCAAAGAUGGCAGCAAACUCCUCCCCUGCAAUCCUCCCAAUCACCAAUCACCCCCCUGCCGACAACCAGCAACUACCUUCCUCCGCUUCCGCCCUCCGUUCAUUCUUCUCCGGCAUUUCUGAAACCGUGCGUUCAGGUCUCGCUAACCGCCGCCCCUGGCCAGAGCUCCUCGACCGCUCCGCCUUCUCCAAGCCUGAAUCCCUCUCUGAAGCUACUCUCCGUAUACGCAAGAACUAUAACUAUUUCCGCAUCAAUUACCUCGCCGUCAUCUCCGCCGUCCUCGUCGUCUCCCUUCUUACCAAUCCCUUCUCCCUGAUCCUCCUUGCUGGCCUUCUCGCCUCCUGGCUCUUCCUAUACCUCUUCCGCCAGUCCUCUGAUCCUCCGAUCACUGUCUUUGGCCGCCAAUUCUCCGAUCGCGAGACCCUCCUCUUCUUAAUCGUCUCAACCAUUGUUGUCAUCUUCCUCACCAGCGUUGGAUCCAUUCUCGUCUCCGCCUUCAUGGUUGGGAUCGGUAUCGUUUGCUUGCACGGUGCUCUUAGGAGCCCCGAAGAUCUUUUCCUUGAUGAGCAGGAGGCGCAGGGAGGCGCUUCAGGAUUCCUCUCUUUCUUCACCUCUGGUGCCCCCCCUGUUGCUCAGCCCCCCGUGGCUGCUAGGGCUUAAUGAUCCGUCAUGCGUGUGGGGGUAAUGGGAAUAACUUCAAUUGUUUUUCUUUUUCAGAUCCGUCUUAAUCGGAUGACUGAUACAGCAAAAUUCUAGGCGGGUAGCUAGAGCACUAUAUAUAUAUAUAUAUAUAUAUAUGUUCUUCUUAAUUGGGGGAUGUUAAUAUCUGUAACUUUGUUCGUUGAUCUAUGGAAUCAACAUUUUUUUUGGACGGUUUAUGUGGUUUAUUAUUUUGCAACUUCAGAGCAUGCUUGAUGACUGA